AUGGCGGCGCCGCAACCACAUGAAUCGCAACUAUCACCAAAGCUGCCACCUCCACCUCGAUUGAGAGCAAGUAGUACUAGUACUAGUUCCCCAGCCACAACAACAGCACCAUCCCCAACGCGGCCGCCGCCUGUCUUCCUCCAGCCUUCCCAUAAACGAAGUCCAUCCAAAUCCACUAGGCUUCUCAGACGUUUUCGUUCUGUGUUUCGGUCAUUCCCGAUAAUAACUCUCCCGUCCUGCAAGAUCCCCAUCUCGUUCCACGUAAGUCGGCUCCAUGACCACAAUGGCCACAUUCAUGGAGGGACGCACAUGACCGGUACCAUUUUCGGGUUCCGUAAGACUAGGGUGAACCUUGCAAUCCAAGAAACUCCAAGGAGUCUUCCUAUUCUUCUUCUUGAGCUCACAAUACCGACGGGGAAACUUCUACAAGACAUGGGAAUGGGACUUGUUAGAAUUGCAUUGGAAUGCGAAAAGCAUCCCAACGAGAAGACCAAGAUCAUCGACGAGCCGAUAUGGUCGUUGUACUACAAUGGCCGAAAAUCGGGUUAUGGUGUGAAGAGGGAGCCAACAGACGAUGAUUUGAACGUAAUGCAAAUGUUGCAUGCAGUGUCAAUGGGAGCAGGUGUUCUACCCAGCAAAGUGAUGACUUCGGAUCAUCAGGCGCAGGAUACUGAGUUGAUGUACAUGCGAACGCAAUUCGAGCGGGUGAUUGGCUCAAAAGACUCCGAAACAUUUUACAUGAUGAAUCUUGACGACAACAACGGGCCUGAACUAAGCAUCUUUUUUGUUAGGAUCUGA